UGAGGCGUCACGCGCGCCACUUUGGGCUCCCAAGCGAGACCAAGCCCUGAGGCGAAGAGGGUGGGGCCUGCGCGCGCCGGGGACUCUCCUAUCAGUUCGAGCUGAGAUCCGGAGCUAGUCUGCUGGGAGGCGGCUGUCCUGUCUCCGCCCUCUCUCCGGGUUCGCUGGAGCUGCGGCAGGAGCUGGCGCGGACUGAACAGCUCGCGGUUGGUCUCCGAUGCCCUUCGUCAAGGAGGGGGUUUCUGGACCCUGGUGAGCGCACCUAGAGCCCCCCUGACUCAGUGUCUUCGCCCGCCCCUCGGGCCCGCAAACCCGUGUGUCUACCAUGGCUGAGAACGCAGAUGAUGACCUGAACUCUAACCUGCUCCACGCCCCCUACCUCACUGGGGACCCCCAGCUAGACACGGCCAUCGGGCAGUGGCUGCGUUGGGACAAGAAUCCCAAAACAAAAGAGCAGAUUGAAAAUCUCUUGCGGAAUGGGAUGAACAAGGAAUUGCGUGAUCGUCUUUGUUGCCGGAUGACUUUUGGGACUGCAGGACUUCGAUCUGCCAUGGGAGCAGGGUUUUGCUACAUCAAUGACCUUACAGUAAUACAGUCAACACAGGGGAUGUACAAAUACCUGGAGAGAUGUUUUUCAGACUUCAAGCAAAGAGGCUUUGUUGUGGGCUAUGACACUCGGGGUCAAGUGACUAGCAGCUGCAGCAGCCAGAGGCUUGCUAAACUCACAGCUGCAGUGCUGCUUGCUAAAGAUAUUCCUGUUUACCUUUUCUCAAGAUACGUUCCUACACCUUUCGUACCAUAUGCCGUUCAGGAGCUCAAAGCAGUUGCAGGUGUGAUGAUUACUGCAUCUCAUAACCGCAAAGAGGACAACGGGUACAAGGUUUAUUGGGAAACUGGUGCUCAAAUCACAUCUCCACAUGAUAAAGAAAUUCUGAAAUGUAUAGAAGAGUGUGUGGAACCCUGGAAUGAUUCUUGGAAUGAUAAUUUAGUGGACACCAGCCCACUGAAGAAAGAUCCUCUGCAGGACAUUUGCAAGAAAUACAUGGAAGAUCUGAAGAAGAUCUGUUUUUACAGGGACUUAAAUUCAAAGACCACCUUGAAAUUUGUUCAUACCUCCUUCCAUGGAGUUGGACAUGACUACGUGCAGUUGGCUUUUCAAGUAUUUGGUUUUAAGCCUCCAAUUCCAGUCCCAGAACAGAAAGAUCCAGAUCCAGACUUUUCUACUGUUAAAUGUCCAAACCCUGAAGAAGGAGAAUCUGUGCUGGAACUGUCCCUGAGACUGGCAGAGAAAGAAAAUGCCCGGAUAGUGCUAGCCACAGAUCCUGAUGCCGACCGGCUGGCUGUGGCAGAACUUCAGGAGAAUGGCCGUUGGAAAGUUUUCACAGGAAAUGAGCUGGCAGCUUUGUUUGGGUGGUGGAUGUUUGAUUGCUGGAAGAAAAACAAACCAAACGCCGAUGUGAAGAAUGUUUACAUGCUAGCCACCACUGUCUCUUCUAAAAUUUUAAAGGCAAUUGCACUUAAAGAAGGAUUUCAUUUUGAAGAAACAUUACCAGGCUUUAAAUGGAUUGGAAGUAGGAUAAAAGACCUCCUAGGAAAUGGAAAAGAAGUCCUUUUUGCAUUUGAAGAGUCUAUUGGCUUUCUGUGUGGAACCUCCGUGUUGGACAAAGAUGGAGUGAGUGCAGCUGCUGUUGUUGCUGAGAUGGCCUCUUUCCUGGAUACCAGGAAGGUAACACUGAUGGAGCAACUGACAAAAGUGUAUGAAAUAUACGGUUACCAUAUGUCCAAAACUUCAUAUUUCUUGUGUUAUGAUCCACCUACCAUCAAAACCAUAUUUGAAAGGAUUCGAAAUUUUGAGUCUCCAAAGGAAUAUCCAAAAUUUUGUGGGGCUUUUGCUAUUUUGCAUGUACGGGACAUAACCACUGGAUAUGAUAGCAGCCAGCCAAAUAAGAAAUCAGUACUGCCUGUGAGUAAAAACAGCCAAAUGAUUACAUUUACCUUCCAAAACGGCUGUGUCGCUACUCUCCGAACAAGUGGGACAGAACCGAAGAUAAAGUAUUAUGCAGAGAUGUGUGCAUCGCCUGGCCAGAGUGACACUACCUUCCUGGAAGAAGAAUUAAAGAAACUCAUUGACGCGCUGAUAGAGAAUUUUCUUGAGCCCAGUAAGAACGCACUGGUCUGGCGCUCUGUGUAGGGCACAUCAGUACGUUAUGACUCUGCACUGACAUAUGGAACGAAACCUUCAAGAACUCCACUCAGUGAACCUUGUGUUAGAAUUCUCUCAUCUGCCAAGUUAUCUUUUCCCUUUUCUUUCCUGUGUUCAGCUGGCUAAAUAGAUUAUAUACAUUUGAAAUGAAAAUAUUUGGAUAUGAGUCAAAUAUUUUCAUAAUCUUAAGUGACAGUCAUUACAAUGAAAGUGUUCCAGUGGCACGCUGUUCUUCCUGUAUCACAAACAGUACAAAAGUGAGUUUUCAUAUUGAACUGUGCUUAAGCUUAGUUACGUAUCUUGUAAUUGUGUAUAGCAUGGUUUAAAAGAAGUCAAACAUUAUAUAACUAUAGGGUUAGUUAAGGAAAUUACUUCUUAAAGGUGUUUGUGUGUUUGUGGCUGGGAGUACUGUUCCUGCCUGUUUUUCAAAUUAGAAACCCAGCUUGGUGGCAUAUUCCUGCCGUCACAGCCCUUAGGAGGCUGAGGCAGGAGGAUCAUUAGUAGGAGGAUCAUUAGUUAGUUUAUGGCUAGCCUGGGCUGCACAGUAAUUCUUUGUCUAGGAAGGGAGGGAGGGAGGGAGGGAGGGAGGGAGGGAGGGAGGAAGGAAGGAAGGAAGGAAGGAAGGAAGGAAGGAAGGAAGGAAGGAAGGAAGGAAGGAAAAAAUGUUUAUAGGUUAUUUAGGUUUUCUGAUUUAGGACAGAUGUUACCGUCUGUGGUUUGGCACCAGUGUUUCGGGUGCCCUUGGUGUGGUGUAUAUUUACUGUAUGUAUUUAAGACGGAUGUUUACUGAACAUAAAACAGUAGUGGCAGCACUCCUCAUGGCUUUAUUCUUGUCAAAUUCCUCAGUGCAUUCUCAGGGUCUAGUGGGAACUGAAAUGAUGUUCCUGUGUUGAAUAUAACACAGUCCAUUUUCAGAUAGUUAAGGAAAAUCUUCCAAACUAUAUAGGUGCUUCCUCUAUAGGAAACAGAUUUGUUCACUCUAAAGAUGGUUGUAGAAAAAGGUCUUAAUAAAUUUUGGCUUAAUGUAACUGUAGCUGAGUCUUCCUGCUAGGAUUCAGUUAUCAUAACCUAUAAGUGAAAAACUCUGUCCUAUGGCAUCAGCAUGGCAUUUAUUUGGCAGUCUUUUUUAAUUACAUUUUUAUAGCCAGAUUUAUUUAUCUGAUAAGGUAAUGCUAAUUUUAAUAAAAAAUGAAACAUCAAGAUAUAAGUAUUUUCUACAGCCACACUACCUUGAUUCAAUACCCAAUCUCAUUCUCAUUAUCUCAGAAGCUAAACAAGGCUAAGCACGGUGCUUGAAUGGGAAAUUUUAGGUAUUAUGAAACACUGAAACUGAAGUUAGAACUAAGGUCAAUUUAUUUUAGUAUGCUCCAUCAGGCUUUGGAAUUUCUGAUCAUAUAAAUACGUUUCAUCUUUUUCAAUGCGAAACAGUUUUCAGGAAAGUCAUUUGUGGUUGACUCUGUAGCCUUCUGAAAAGCCUAAUGGAAAAAUACUGUCUAAGCUUUCCAAAUUAUAUAUUUCCCCAAAUAGUUUACAGAAUACACACACUACAGUUAUGAUAACAGUAGCAAGGCCUUCAGGUAUAAUCAUUUAAGAAAAGUUGCCUAUAGGAGACAAUACUGAUGUUAGAUGAUUAGUUUCCUAAAAAUAAAUAAUAUAAAGCCUAUACUGAUUGGAAUAUUAAUUAAACCAUGGUGUGUUUUGUUGCAGCUUGAGGAUAAUUUUGGUUGAGCUUAUAUAAUCCAAAGAUAGGUUUUACAUUAUGUUGCCACUACUGCUCUGUGUUCCUUCCUUACUGUCUUAGAACUGGGUCCUACAUUAUAUAGAUGAUAGCUAGUUAAUGUUCAGUGCCAUUUUCCUGUAUGAGUUUAUUUUAGAGGCUUUGUGCUAAAAAAAAAGUAGCAUGUAGAAUUUUUUGUUUUAUUUUUAAAACAUUUUGUUGGCUUUUAGGAGUGUAAAUUGUAAUUUAGGAAAUAACAUGUAUUCUACGACGUGGUAUAAAAAAACAUGCCCAUUCAGUUUUAGUGUCUGUGUCUCAGUGGCCCAAGGACAAAAUGAAAACUAAAGCAAUGUGACAGCCUGUUUAUAACAAGAAAGCCACGCCAUGAUUGCUAUUCACUUGUGAAGAGAAUAUCUUUGCUUCAGUGCUAAACAUACAAGAAAUAAGUCAUCGUCACGUGACGUUACUGACAUUUGAGCCCUUAUCUUGAAAGGCUACAUCCCAGCUGUGUAUAAAGGUUCCCAGAGUGUGUAAGUUGAGGAGACCGUUUGAUUCUUGUCUACAUUCUUGAGUCUGUCUGAGCAUGUUUAACAUGAACAUGACACAGUGGGUGCACAGGUGCCUAACAGGCUAAAUUUAAUAACAGCUCAAGAUAGGCAUGCCAGCCUGUGGGUCUCGACCUUGGAAUGAUAACUGCAUUGUUUAUCUCAUCCCUCUUUUCAGCAAUAGCAUGGGAAUAUAUUCUCUUUGAGCAAAUAAAUCAAAAUAAGUAAUUUCUGGAGUUCUGAGGAAAAGAAUUAGGCUGGAACAUAGCUCAGUGGUAAAGCACGUACCUAGCAUGCAGAUGAAGCAAAGCUUACAUUUGAUCCCUGGCAAUACAAAAAGAGAGAAAGUUAUUAUUGAUGAAGCGAAGUCAAAUCAUAAAGUGGUAAUAACCAACAAACAAUAUAUAAAGGCCAGUAAUGAUGGUAUAAAAAUGCUGGAGACGUGCAAACAUGCACCGUAAUGGUGGGUAAACUGUAUGCAAGGCUGUUUACUUGUGUUUGUUAGGAUGCUCAGACAGCAAGCCUGUAUUGUUUUCCUUUAGUGGUGGUCACUGAAAAGAAGCCCACUUCUAGGAGGUGAGGUUCAAUUGAACUGUGGGCUCAAUUCCUAGUGGGGUGUUGUUUCAGAAUCACGUGAGAAUGAGAGAAGAUAAAGAACAAAAUUAAAAGAAACAAAACCAAGAUUGGAAAGUAUAACCUCUAAGAAAAAGUUCAAGGAAUUAGGAUUGUUGGACUCUGAAACAAAAAGCUAUUGAGUUCAUUUACUAAACCAUAAAUUACUCAUUGGGAUUUUUGCUAAAGGUAUCAAAGUAAGAAGCAGUAGUGGCACCCUGAUUAUCUCUAGUGAAGACACCACAGGGAAUAAGGUUGCAAAAAAAAAAAAAAAAAAAAAAACUAAAAAUGGCCGAUUCUAAAAACACAAAAAGAAGACCUAGAAGGGAACUAGUUGAAAAGUGAGACAAAUGGGUAGGAGAGGGCUAAGAGAAGGAUGAUGGGGUUACUGUGAUCAUAAUACAUUCUAUACACAUGUGUAAUGGUCAGAAAUGAAUGAAUGGACAACAUGAAAUGUUUAAGAGGUUAGAAUUUCCUGGGUGGAAGUGAUCAUGAAACCUAUUUAAAACCUUAUUUUUGAUGGAAUGAUAUUUGAAAUAUUAAGGGAUAUACCAAAUGGCAGUUUAAAGAUUCCUUCAAAUACAUUUUUAAGAAUCAGUUUGAGACAGAAUUAUGAAUAGAGAUCUAUCAGUAACUUUUGCAUUUCACACCAUAGCUAGAGUUUGGCUCACCAAUAACUUGUAUAUAUUUUGAAUGGGAAACACAUGGGUGCAGCAGUGAGCGUUCUCUUUAAUUUUCAAGCUGUAUGAGACUUGAACACACUGGCGUUCAUCUGGGAGAAUGGGCGGGCAGCUUUAUAAGAUAGUUAAGAUUUAUUGCAAAUAUAAAGUAUCAGCAUUUGGAUAUAGUAACUUAAGAGAGUCCAAGAGAUUGGAUACUUUGUGAUGUCUGCAUGUAGUAAAUAGACCCCACCCCCCAUUGCUUUUGGAAUUGAUGCAACAGAGACGCAAGUGGGAGUCUCCUGCGGCUUCUGCUGCUGUUCUCAGACUUCCCACUGAUAUUUGUAAACUUGAAAAAUACAAAUUCCACUUGGAUACAUUUAAUUUCCCACCUUUCCUGCUCUACCUCCCUCCUCCCUGUGCAUCCUCUACCUUCUGUACUGUGAAAUGCUACUACCCUGUUACCUCACUGAUACGAGUCUUAACUGUUCAUUCAGAUGGCUUUAAACUUAGUAGUGAAUUGUUUGUUUAUAGACUGUCAUUUUCAUUGUUGUGAGAAUAUUUGAGAUGCACUAUAUGAAGUAACUUCAGUGUCUUUCAAAGCCCAUUUCUGGUUGCUGGACACCACUAGAUGGCGACACUGUGGGCUUUUACAAUGAUUUUUUUUUUUUUUUCCUGAAUUUGUUCUAGAAACUGAUGAGGAAACAGAUAUACCAACCAAAGUAAUGAGCUGACCAAGGAUUUUGUUGGGGGUUCUCUGUGCUCUGGGAAAUAAGAGUACAAAAAUUUGAGGAAAUUUUUUUUUCACACUGUCCCUCAAAGAAUUUUACCAUAAGCUGAAAGGAGUUGAAGAGAGCUGGUUGUGAUAACUCAUAUGUAUAAUCUCAGCCCUGGAGAGGCAGGAGAAUUGGCUGUGAGUUAAAGGUCAGUUUAGGCUACAUGGAGAGAUCUAGACCAAUAAGAUAGAUAGAUAGAUAGAUAGAUAGAUAGAUAGAGCAAGCAAGCUUAAAAUAGAAGAGAAUGGCACAUUGUCUGCCUCUCACAAAGCAUUUGUUUAGUACCAGGUAGAAACAAAAUCAGUAUUAUUUUUAACUAUUCAAAAAAUGAGAACCUGUACAUUAAUUAAGAGGCCAAGACAAGGACAAAGUGACCAGAGUUUGCUUUCUAAAUUUUCUAUCAACAGAACCCUAAAGUAGAAGAAUGUGAACAGGAUGAGGAACGGGCCUUGAGAGCAAAACCCAAAGAAGCCGCACAGGGACAUGAGAGCCCAUGGGGGAGCCUCUAAGUCACGAGUAAAUUCUCAGUUCUCUACAGUAAACUAUAAAGAUGAGCUUCAGUCAUUAGGAGAGACGCACGGGGCGCUGGGGAUGUCGCUCAGUGGAGAGUGCUUGCCUGACAUGCCGAAGGUUCUAGGUACAACAUCCCCAGAACCAUUAGAAAAUAAAAAUAAAAGGAAACUAUCAGAAAGGAACACAAGUUUACUACGUAAUUCCUAAAUUCCCAGCCCCACCCCCACCCCCGACCUGCAAUUGCUGCUUUUUCCUGGAAGAACACAUAAUGAUCUUAUAAUAAAUACGCAUUCUAGGAUAUUCUCUGUCUUCCUAACCUAUACUUCCAAAGUGUUAAUGCCAGAUUAAUUGGCCUGCAAUAUAUGUUACCCUUGAGCCUUAUAAUAUUGUCUGAUGUAUAAGGCAAUUGAUUUUGUUUAAUUCACUGACACUCCUUAACCCACCUGUCAGCUGCCUGAGAGCAAAGAUCAUGGUUUAUUAUUUUUAAUAUCUUUUGCUUAUUCAGUAUCUCCUGUUAUGCAGUAUUUAACUGGUGGUAAUAGUAAAGGAAAAAGCUUAAAAGAUAAUAAAACAGUAAUUUUCCAAUUCAAUUUUAAAAAUAGCAUUACUGAAAUAUCCAGUAAGCAGUGUUUACUAAGCAUGCACACCCUUUAAAUACUCAUUGUCUUAGGGAUUCUAUUGCUGUGAUGAACACCAUGACCAAAAGCAGCUUGGGAAGAAAGGGGUUUAUUUCAUUUUAGAGAUUAUACUCCAUCAGUGGGGGGAGUCAGGGCAGGAACUCAGGUCAAGAACCGGGAGGCUGAAACUGAAGCAGAGGCCAGCCAUGGAGGGGUGCUACUUCAUGGCUUGUCUGCUUUCUGAUAACACCCAGGACCACCCGCCCAGGGCUGGCACUACACAAUAAAAUGAACCCUCCCACAUCAGUCAUCAAGAAAAUGUCCUACAAGCCAAUCUGAUGGGAGCAUUUUCCUGACUGAGGUUUCCACCUCUAAAAGGACUAGCUUUUGUGUCAAGUUGAUAUAAACCUAUGCAGCACGCUGUUUCUUUGACGAGUACAAAGCAUCUUUCAACAUGAAAAGUGUGUAUGUAUGUGUAUAUAUACACACCCACAUAUGUAAUUUUGCUCACAAAAAGGUUUUGGCCAGGAAGGCUAAGAAUGUAUCUUAUAUGGGUUUAAUGUCACUGGUCUAGAUGCCAUUUUGAACCCAAUAGCUCUACCUUUCAAGUGAGUCACAUCUGAUUUAAUAGUGCUUAAUGCAUUUUGUCAAAUAUUAGGAUUCAUCAUGUGUGUUAUUGGAGACACUUAGACACAAAAGAGGGGUGAGUCUGCAUCUGUAUAUGGUGAGACUAUAUUAUAGAUUACUAUAAGCUCUUGGUGUACAUUAUUGAAUAUGACAAAACAGAAUUAAGAAUGUAAUACUUUUCUAAUAGUAGCUCAGAAUUGUGCCCUUGUUUUAACAGUUUCUGUCAAUAUCUCAUCUUUCCCUGUAAAGAUAACAGGGUAUAUUGUCAGCCUGUGAGAAUUUGCACUUUAUGUAUUUAUGUGUGGAUUUCUGUGGUUUUAACCAAAUGAAACGUUCUCAGUAAUAAACAGGCCUCCUCAUAGGCA